AUGUAUAGCACAGUAUCUGAAAAUGUGACUGAACUGGCUUCAGAAGGUCUGGAUGCCAGACGCCGUUGUCCUGUUGGUUGGACCUAUUUCAAUCGCCGCUGUUUCCGCUACGUCUCUGAUGCCAUGAGCUGGACUGACGCUAAGGAACACUGUCAAGACAUAAAUGCCAACCUCGCGUCUGUGCACAACUAUCCUGAAUAUGAAGCUCUGCAGAAGGUGAUAAAAGGUGUUGCAGAGAGGAACCAUGUUGCCUGGAUUGGAGGCAAUGACAUGAGAAAGGAAGGUAAAUGGGAGUGGGUAGACGGCUCCCGCUUCAGUUAUACGUUCUGGUGUCCAGAUGAACCUAAUAACCUUGAAAACGAGGACUGUCUGCUGGUCAACUGGAAAGGUAAAAACUGUUGCCACAUGGCAUCUCACUGGAGGAGGUUCAAUUAA